GCCAACGUCGCUGUCGCUCGUCGCGCGAGAAAAGAGAAAAUGGCGUCGGAGUUAUGGGAGUGUCAGCGUCAACCGACGCAGCAUCAGCAUCCUUUGGAAGCGGAGCGGCGUAGGCUCGAAGAGCUCAAGGACUCCCAGGAAGCCCUGUCAGCGGUCCGGCCCAGCCUUUGCUCACCCGUGCCACCAGGUGCAGCUGGUGACAAAGCUGGAUGUUCAGAGCCGAAUGACUAUGUCCAGUCUACUUUAGCUUUGUCAGAAUUGACUAAUUCUUCCAUAACUCCGACUCAAACAGAUUCCCUGAGCGAUGAUACAGGAUUCCCGUUGGACACCGCAGACGAGAAGGACGAGGUAUCAUCAACCAUUUCAAAUCUGUCUGACAUCUCAGGAAUUUCCAUGUUAUCCGAGGAUGGUGACGACAACGUUGAAUGGAGAAAUGCAUCCUCAUGGGUUCAAAAGCAAAUACAAUUGGGAACAGACCCCAGAGAUGUUCUCAAGCUUCUUUCUUCGGACUCAAUUCCCAUACCUGAAGAAUUGGACGAUAUCACUCUGUGGAGGCAUGUCAUAGAUAUAAUGUCAGAACCACCAAAAAGACAAAAACUUUCCCACUUGAAUACUAUUUUGGACGUUGUUGAGUUGAUCAAGAAAAGUAAAAACAUUAUUGUCCUGACUGGUGCUGGAGUUAGUGUAAGUUGCGGUAUUCCUGACUUUCGAAGCAGAGAUGGUAUUUAUUCGAGACUAGCUCAAGACUUUCCUGAUUUGCCUGAUCCUCAGGCAAUGUUUGAUAUUAAUUACUUUUCACAAGAUCCAAGACCAUUUUAUAAGUUUGCACGUGAAAUCUACCCUGGACAAUUUAAGCCAAGCCCAUGCCAUAAAUUUAUAAAAAUGCUUGAAAAACAAAAUAAGCUUUUGAGAAAUUAUUCACAAAAUAUUGACACCUUGGAGCGAGUAGCUGGUAUUGAAAAUUUAAUCGAAUGUCAUGGCUCAUUUGCAACAGCAUCGUGCACCAAAUGUAAAUUUCAAGUGAAAUCAAACGAUGUAAAAGACGAAAUCUUAGCUCAAAAAAUUCCAAUGUGCCCAAAGUGUCAAAGUCAGUCUGCAGCACCUAUGGAUAAAUCGAGUAUCGAUGAAAAUUACCGAGACCUAGUCGCUCAAGGAGUUCUGAAACCAGACAUAGUGUUCUUUGGAGAAGGCUUGCCAGAUGCUUUUCACGAUGCCAUGGCUAACGACAAGGAUGUCUGUGAUCUAUUGAUUGUCAUUGGUUCGUCGUUAAAAGUUCGACCUGUUGCGUUAAUCCCUUCGUCGAUUCCUCAUAGCGUCCCACAAAUCUUAAUUAAUCGGGAAUCGCUUCCUCAUUUGGAGUUUGAUGUUGAACUUUUAGGAGAUGGUGAUAUUGUGAUUAAUCAGCUUUGUCAUAUGCUGGAUGGAAAUUACAAAGAAGUGUGUUGGCGCGAUACUAUUUUAGAAGAGGCCCCUAGCUUACUACCAUCAUUAACUGAUUCUUGGGAACAAAGUCAAGAUACUUUAACAAAUCAAGAGUAUUCUCAAGAUAGCGAAGCGAAUGUCGAGCAGGAUAGUUUUUCACAUAAGUCCACAUCAAAGAAGGAAAUAAGAAUAUUUUCACGAGACGAACGAGACGAUAGCGAAGUGUUUGAAGGUCGCAAAUGGAAAAAAUUUAAAAGUGACUCUGAUUUUAAAGAAGUCGAGUGUGAGUCAAGUUCUUGUUCAAGGUUUUAUUCAAAUUUCGUUGAUGACAAGUACGAAGAAAAGAAAAACACCUUAGAUCAGGAAAAUGAAGUUAAAUGUAAUUUAAGUUUGCACAGUGGUAGUAACAGCAACAGUAGUAGUAACGACGACAGUAAUAGCAGUAGCCCAAGGAAUUACAACAUUGAGCAUAGUGAAAAUGAUAAAUUUUCGGAAAAAGAAUUCUGGGUGAAAGAUAAUACUGAUAGAACGUUGAAUAAUGAAAGUUAUGAUGGUAGAAAAAACUCGUCAUUUCAUUCAGAAUAUGUGAAAGAUAGCAGGAAAGAUUUCACUUUCAUUGAACAAAAACAAAUAAUUAAAUUAAACUUUGCUGAGAACUCAAUAAGGCAUGAUGGCAAUAGUGGUUCAAAAUCGAAUCAUAGUUUAACGAGAGAAAGCUUAUUGUUCAGUCCCGACGAGAGCCCAACAACGUCUUACGAGUCAUUAAGAGCAGUAGAGGAAAUAUUUAUGUCUGAUGAAUGUCAUGUUGUUCCAAGGAUAGAUUGUUUAAGGGAUGACUCAACUUUAGAAGAAAAUCCAGAUCCCUGCAAGUCUUCUGACAAAAGUGAAUUAAAACCACGGCAUACAUCGAUAGAUUCGGUAAUGGAUUCAGCUCUAGGCGACAGUUGCAGCAGUUCUGACUGUCAAAAGGGGAAAACUGAUGGCGAUAAUACCGAUGAAAAUAAAAAAUCUGACAGUCACUCAUGGCACCUUGUCAAUAGAGACAGCCUUGCUUCCCGACUGCCAGAAAAUUCGUUCUACCAAAUGAAAUCUGGAAAAUACAUAUUUCCUGGUGCAGAAAUUUACACAAACUUUCCGUGGAAUGAGGGAGUACUCCAAAUCGGUGGUUUAAGAUCGGCACUUACUGCCUCUCAGCUUUGUGAACAUUGAUGAUGAUGAGUUGAGCGUAUUAAUGUGUCAGACAUACACCCACACAUGUGGAUACACUAAGAAACUUUGAGAAACAAAUAUAAAGCAGUAGUAGUUAUUUUGCUACUCGAAAACUGCUGUAAAUAAGACUGAAGCCAAAGGGACAAGUAUAUUUUCAGUGAAAUCCGUAAAUGGAAACACAAAAAAAAACAUUCAAGUGUUUAUUCGAGCAGGAUUGUAUAAUAAUAGGUAAAUUAUUCAUAAGUGAUUGUUAAGUCAUAAUUGAAAGUGAGAUGUGUUAAAAAAAUUUUAUCGUUAAAAAUAGACUUGUAAGUAAAAUAGUUACUUGAUGAUAAAGUAACUAAAAGUGUCAGGUGAGUUGUGAGAUAUCGAGCAUAUCGCUUACACUAAACCAGCGUACAAACUAGUACUUUUUCACUGGCCCUAUUACGAGCCCCAGUGCAUCGCGUUCUUCUGCGACUCUGCAUUGGCAGUACCGUAUAUGAUGUAUACAUAGUUAAUUAAUUGGAUACACAUUCAUGCGGUUUACUCAAUUUUAGUUGUUAUUUUCUAGAGAGCAAAAAAUUAUCCAAACACAAUUUGAUCUCGCUAAUUAUUUCAGAUUUUUAAGCUGAUUAUUGUUUAAAUUAUUUAACUGUGAAUAAAUUGUAAAUAUUGAAUUUUCAAGUUGCUUCUGCUUAGCAGCUCCACUUAUCGACAUUGUCUCAUCUCCUUUGGUGAGUGCCUGUUUAUUAGGAUAAUUUUUAUACAGGCACAGUCACUUGCGUGACUUGAGAUUAUAUUAUCGCUAUCAUUGUACAUGUACAUAAUCGUGAAUUUUAUAUGUAUUUCACUCAUUGGCGUCAUGAAAUCAAUUGCGUCCAGAGCAAGUAUAAUUUUUAACAUUUUAGUUUAUUUCUGCUCUUUAAGCUCAUGUAGUUGUAUGACUAUUAUUAAGCACGUUAAAUAUUGUAAAAAACAUAUAUGAUGUCAAGUUUUACUGAGGAUGUAAAACGAGGGUGUAAUUUAAAUUAACAAGACGACUGCUUGGUUUGAGCCGAGGAGUUUGACAUUAUUGUACAUUAGCUAGUCCUUUAAUUAAUUUCAUCAUGAUUACUUAGCUUUUUUGUUGAGAGCAAAAAAUGAGCAUUAUUCCCCUUAACCAUCUGCAGAGGAAACAGCCUAGAUUUAAAUGGAAGCCGAUGCUUAUUUAAGCCAUAAUCGUUAUUGGAAACUAGUGAUACUUAUUUAUACUUGAUUACAUGAAAUCAAACUGUCAUAUAAAAUAGUUUAAAAAAUCAAAAACAAAUUUUGUGCUUCAAUCAAUUUGUUUUGAAAAAAAUUUAUUACAAUUCAAAAUCAAAGAGCAGUUUGAUAAGCUACAAAUGGUUUGAUAAGUUGAGCUUUCAGUUUUCAUUGGAGCACGGGUGAAUGUACAAAGCAUUGUGGGAAGACUACGCAUUGCAUAUUAUUUUUUUACAAAAAAAAAAAAAACUUAGCAUUAUAAUUGUAAAAAAAAAAAGAUUGAGUAAUACUUUUUGACGUGUUCAUAAUUUAUAUGUGCUUUAUAUGUUGAUCUUUUAACGGAAAAUUUUUAAACUGAAUUCUAAAACCGUUUUUGCUCAAAAAACACUUAGGUUGUGUGUAUAUAUCACUUUGAUAUUGGAUAAAUGCAAAUAAAUACAGUUAUCCCCAGAAACUUAGAAUUUCUAGAUGAAUUCAAAUCAACCUAAAAAAAAUCUUUAUCAAAUGAGUAUAAAACAGUGUUUAAUAAAAUACAAACUACGUGUUACAACUCUUGUAAAAGAAAACAAAAUCAAAAAAUAUUAUUCGACAUACCUAAUAUUAUCGAGUGCGAGAAAAGAAAGUGUUACGUUAUGAUUUUUUUAAAAGAAAUGGUUAUCUCAAAUUUGUUCGAAAAAAGGCUCUAUUUAAAAAAUGUGGCUUUUCUCAGUUUUUGGGCCUCGUUACUGCUGUUCUGUUUAGAAUAGAAAAAAAAUUGUAAAGUCACUAAUAUCGCUUGAACUCUUAUGUUGCUUCCAGGGUGAAAAAGAAAAACCUAGUAUUUUUAAUUCCACCAUCUGUAAAAAUUUUCUAGGAUACCGCUUUUACCCCUGGAAAUGAGGGAUGGCUCUUUUUCUAAUAAAUUUGAAAUAGCGCUUCCUUAUCCCAAAAUGUAAAUGUGUACAAACACAUGAGCAUGUAUUGUAAAAACUUAUGAAAUCUUUUAGUAUUAAAACUCUCAAUUUUGUAAGACCAUGAAAUGAAAAACUUUGCUUUGUUUAGAUAGCUUUAUUU